GACACAUGGCUGCAUCUGUGGAUAGCAGAUGUUCCUGUCAAACCUGUGCUGCUGAGGUUAAUGAUUUGCUGGUUAUCUCGUACUUAGUACUUGAGCGUGGAGUUUGGAGUCUGCCCUCCGCUCCGAUAAAACAAAGCAGAAGAAGCUUGGAGCUGCUUUUCCUUUCCUUUUUUUGGCCCUGUGGUGCCACUUCAUCCACUGACUGAUUUUUAAAUUCAUCUGGCCGCAGAGAGAGGACGCACAAUGCUGACUUUUGUUGUGUUCUUGAUUUGUGCAGCCAUAUCUGUCUCAGCUUCUGCCAAAGGUGCUGCUGCUGGACCCCGGCUGAACAACAACCAGCUGUACAAAUUCAGCUACACCACUGAGGUUCUGGUAGACAGAGCCAGGGGGUCAAAAGAGGGCAGUGCUGGCUACAAGAUCUCAAGUGAUGUGAACGUUAAUCUGGUUUGGAGAGAUCAGAGCAACAAGGAUGACCAGCUGAUUCAACUGGCGAUCUCAAAUUUGAGGAUAGAGCCUGUGUCGCCCAGAUCAGAGAAAAAGAACAUCCUACAUGGAUCCACAACCGAAAGUAUUUUGGGAAAAAAUAAACUAGCAGCUCUAACAAAGCCUUUCUUGGUGCAUCUAAAAAAUGGAAAGGCAAAAGCAUUUUAUUCCUACCGGUCAGAACCUGCAACAGUCAAGAAUCUAAAACGAGGCCUGGCUAGCUUGCUGCAAGUGCAGCUCAGUACUGGGAAGGUUGUAGAGAAUGAUGUGUCUGGGAGGUGUACUGUUGAGUACAAGGCAGUAAAAGGUCAAGUAACAAGAACCAAGAAUCUAGAGACAUGUAAGACAGAAGAGGCUGGAUUUACCACUCACAGUAAGGUCCUGGGUGUGAGUAGGAAGUCCAGUUCUGUUACAGUGUUCACACUUGAAAAUGGUUUCAUCCGCUCAGCUGAGGCUGAAGAAACACACUCCCUGGCUGUUAAUGCUCGCAGAUCUGUUGCAGCUAAAGUCUUGUCCAGGCAAAGCCUGAAAUUGGUUGGUACAGAGGCAGGACCACUGGAGGCUGCCGGGAAAGAUGCUGCUGCAGUUGUCAAGUCAAUAGAUGCCAAACUGGCAGCUGUUGGUAUUGCGGCUGAGAAGGUCAAAUCUGAGUGCAAAGGCUGCCCAUCGCUUUUUGAACAUUGGCAGGCUGAGAAGAAGCAGCUGGAGCCAGAGAGCCUGUCCAAAACCAGGGCUCCUCGGAGCUUCCUGGCCCUCAUCCAGACCAUUAGGAAGGCGCCCAAGGACGAGAUCCUCAAAGUGCUGAGGAGUGCCAGCAAGACGUCUCUACCUCAGGUUGUUGAUGCUGUAACAUCCUCCCAGACCUCUGAAUCCCUGGAUGCCAUGCUUGAAUUCCUUAACUUCACUGAUGCCAAAGGUUUGGUUCUGCAGGAGAGGUUUCUCUAUGCAUGUGGCUUUGCUUCACAUCCCAAUGAGAGAAUGCUCCAGGCCCUGCUGGAUAUUUCUAAAGGGAAGAUCGGCAGUACUGACAUCAAAGAAUCUGUGGUGAUCAUUAUGGGAGCCCUGGUCCACAAACUGUGUCAGAAAGGAGGCUGCAACUUACCUAUCGUGGAGCAGGCCAAGAAGAUGAUAUUGAACGCUCCUGACAGCACAACGGUUGAGUCGGAGGUCCAGAUGUACCUUUUGGCCCUAAAAAACUCUCUCCUGCCCGAGGCCAUUCCUAUUUUCACCAAAUAUGCAGAAUCAGAAGUGGGAGCCUACAACACCAUUGCCCUCACUGCCCUGCAGAGAUAUGAUGUGAAUCUCAUGACCAGUGAGGUCAAGCAAACAGUGAACAGGGUUUACCACCAGAAUCGCCGCAUCUAUGAGAAAAAUGUGAGAGCCGCCGCUGCUGACGUCAUCCUCAGUAGCAACCCCACAUACAUGGAGGUGAAGAAUCUGCUUCUGUCCAUCGGAAACUUGCCACAUGAAAUGAACAAGUACAUGCUGUCAAAGAUCCAGGACAUCCUACGCUUCCAGAUGCCUGCCAGCAAAGUGCUAGGGCAAGCUAUGAAGGACAUGAUUUCUUGUAACUAUAACCGCUUUGCAAAGGUUGGAUCAUCAUCUGCAUUUUCAGGAUUCAUGGCUCAGUCCCCCGAUCUGACCUCCACAUACAGUUUGGACAUCUUGUAUUCAGGCUCUGGGAUCCUCAGAAGAAGCAACAUGAAUAUUUUUGGUGCUACUAACGAAGCAAUGCUACAUGGAUUACAGGUGGCGAUCGAGGCCCAGGGUCUGGAGACUCUGAUUGCUGCCACACCUGAUGAGGGGGAGGAAGACCUGGAGUCCUUUGCCGGGAUGUCGGCUCUGCUUUUCGACAUCCAGCUGCGUCCUGUCACCUUCUUCAAGGGUUACAGUGACCUCAUGUCUAAAAUGUUCUCCAUGACUGGAGACCCCAUCAAUGUCGUGAAGGGUCUCAUCCUGCUCUCGGAUCAUUCUGAGGUCAUCCAGCUCCAGUCUGGUCUGAAGGCAAGUGCGGAGUUUCAAGGAGGUCUCGCCAUUGACAUUUCUGGAGGCAUGGAGAUCAGUCUGUGGUACAGAGAGUCCAAGACCAGUGUCAACAACAGAGCAGCAUUAGUAGUCACUGGCAACGUUACUGUGGACAUGGACUUUUUAAGAGCGGGUGUGGAGGUCAGCUUUGAUACAGAAGCAUCACUGGACUUCAUCACCACUGUCCAGUUCUCAGAAUACCCCUUCCUGGUGUGCCUGCAGAUGGACAAAUCUACCUUCCCAGUCAGUGAAUACCUGACCAAGUAUGAGAGCCUGCCAUCAGGGAAGAGUGUUGUAUCUCGCAAAGGCAGAAAGACACUCAUUCCUGGUUCCGAAUUCCCUCUUCACCAGGAGAACUCGAACAUGUGCAAGAGGGUUUUCGACUCCAACUGGUAGAAAAGAAACCGUCGGUUUUCCACACGCCCAAGUGCUUCACUGCAUUCAGGGACAGCAGCCACACCUCUGGUGUGACACAGCAGGUUGUGAAAAAGCAGUAAAAGACCAUAAGAAAAGAAAAGUGGUGCAUUUAUUUUUAUUAUUAACAACACAUGCAAUGUUUACAUUCCUGUGAGUAUUUAAGUAAUUGUAAUUCAAGCUUUGUUUCCAAUCAGGGAUCCUUUCUUUGUGUUUUUAUGGAUUUAUUUGAAAAUAUAUUUAUGAUGGGCACAUACAAGAUGUAUGUUUUAUAUGAUGUGAAAUACUCAGCAUGAAUAGUGCCACUGUAAUCUUCUCCAACACAGUUACAGCAAAGAGAAACAUGUAAAUAUCAGACUUCAGAGCGCAGGUUAACUCAGAACACAUGUGCUCUUUUCCCGAACCGAUUCUUCUUCUU